AUGGCUGGGAUUUUAAGGACGGUGGCGAUCCUUGCGGCGGCUGUGGGCAUCGAUGACGAUGUUCCGGAGGCCGGGGAGACCCAGCUGAAGGCCAUCCAGGACAUCGAGAAGGCUGCGACGAAGGCCUCCAACCACUUGAUCGAGGCCAGAAGGCUGGUCACCGCCCGCCUCCAAGACACCAAGCGCUUCAGACCGGAGGUUGCAACCAAGGAGUACCAGGGUGCCUUUGGCACGGCGUACCUCGUCCAGCGGAAGCACUCGAAGCCUUCCUCGGAGCGUGGAGAGCUCUUGGUGGCCAAGAGGACCCCACUGUCCCACUUGCGCAGGGAGAGGCAAAAAGAUGCCGUCCGUGAGGCCGAGCUGCUGAGGAGCCUGUCGCACCCCAACGUCGUCGAGUUUGUGGACUCCUUUGAAGUGGGCUCAUAUGGCUCAGGGCACUUUCUCUACAUCAUCAUGGGCUUUGCAGACGCCGGGGACCUGGCUGCAAGGAUCCAGCGUGCGCAGGACCGGGGCGAAGCGAUCCCGGAGCGCGAGGUGAUGCAGGUGAGCUCGCAGAUGGUGCUGGCUCUGUCCUACCUCCACAGGAACCGGAUCCUCCACCGCGACGUGAAACCAACCAACAUCUUUCUCACAAGGCGCGGCCUUGUGAAGCUCGGAGAUCUUGGCCUUGCAAAGCGGGUGGAGCUCUCCGCAUCCUCCGUGCAGACGCCGGCGGGGACGCCUUUGUACACCUCCCCGGAGGUCUGCCACAACCAGCGCUACGGCACCCAGAGCGACGUCUGGUCUCUCGGCGUGACCUGCUACGAAGUCGCAGCGCUGAAGCCGCCCUUUGAAGCCGAGUCUCUGGCCUGCCUGGUCACAAAGAUCUGCCAGUCCCAGCCAGAUCCGCUUCCUUCCACAUAUUCCAGCGACCUAAACGUGCUGAUCAUGGCACUGCUGGAGAAGGAUCCGAGUGUGAGGCCUUCUCUUCCGGAUGUCCUUUGCACGCAGUUCAUGCGAUCCUGCUUGAAGAUCCUACUGCGUGAUCAGCAAGAAGCCGCUUGGGAUAGCCGCGAUCGCCUCUUGUUGGCCCGGACAGUCUGCGAAGCUCUGCUACAGGGAGUGGAUGCAGGUCAAGGCCAGCAGCGAAAGUCGUGUCCACGGGCCGGGGCCCCUCUGGGCCCUGACCUCGAGCGGAAGAUCACCGAGGCUCACACGCGGCUGGUGCCCCUCAAGGCAUUCCGCCAGGAGACGACGGAAGAGGAGUUCGAGCACAAGGCCUCUGCCAAGAAGGCCUUGGCGGAGAUCAUCAGAACGCUGAGCAGUGCAGAGCUGGAGGUCGAGAAGGCGCACAUCAUGGCAUCCUCAGCAGACUCGAUGGGAGCGAAGAUGGAGGAGGAUUCCAGGAUGUCACGAAUAGCACCCAUCUUGGUGGCUCUGGCUGCGAGAAGUCUUGCGGCACCAGAGCAGCAGCCCAUCUGCAGACUGGCAGAUGCCUUCACAACCUCCGUGGAUAUGCACAUAGCCGACUGGGACAGUCAGAUUGACUUUGCCCUGAACGAGUCCUUAAAUUGCUCCGACUUCCUGGAGUACGUUUACCUGUCCAGGGAUCGGAUACGCACGCAGUUGGACUAUGUGCGUGGCAACUUCACGGCUGAGGACGAGGCCUUCCGAUUGCAGGGUGCGAUGGGUGGUUCCAGCGCCUGGGCCAUGACUCACAUGUCUGCGGCUGCAUCCCUACUUAGUGCCUAUGUCCACAUCCACGGCAUGCUCUCCGCGGCACGUUUCGAAUGCCUCAAUGAGCACCUGCAGCUCCUCUUCCUGAUGAGCUUCCGGCGCCUGAAGGCUUUGCUGCACAGCCAGCUGCGACACCUCUGGCUGGUCUUCCAGGGCACUGCAGAACUGGUGCGCCAGGGCGCAGGGAAAUGGCUGGCAGAGGUUGUGGACCUGUUCGAGGCAGACCUCCGGACCUACGAGUCUGUGAUGGUGAACUGGAAGUCCAAGGAGGAGAUCGAGGAAAGCAACAACGGCACGGUACCCUUGAGGCCGGGGCCCCCUCUCCCGGCCUUCACCACAAGGGAAGCCGACGGCAUCGCCCUGUCCACCAUCGAGGUGCUCCGCCGCGAUACCUUCGAGGAUUGGAACGUGCCCAAGGCGCUCCUCCGUGCCUUGCUGCGCUAUGUGAUUCCAAGGGACAGCCAGGUGGCCGACUUUUGUGCAGGAAUCGGGACGGCUGCCAGCUUCCUUAACGACACAGGCCUGGUCAGGGCAUAUGCCUUCGAUGCCUCGAGCAACAUCAAACUGCUCAGCCGAAGCGCCGUGGAACACCUGCGGCUUUACAGCGAGGAGGCGAGGCUGUGGACCAGCUUCGAUGUAAGCAUGUGCUUGACGGCAGCCACCGACUACGCACCCAAACCCGAGGUUUGGGCGCAGGUCUGGCAAAAUCUGGAGGCCAACACGCGCCGGACGGCCAUCUUGACCUGCGGGGCUGGUGAGGCGCGGCAGGAAGCCAUGAGUGCAGCCGCCGCGCACGCCCCGAGCCUGUCCUAUGAUGAGCAGCUCAGCUCGCAAAUUGACGAUGAAAUUAAAUCCACCUCCAAGCUCCUGGAUCCGGCCGAGGCGGAUCUGAAGCUCGCCGUGCAGCUUAUCGAGCGGAGGCUCAAGGCACUGCCUGGGAAGGAUGCGGAGAGCGAGCAGCAGCGGAAGGAGCUGGAUGGCCUGCAGCGGAGGAGCACCGAGGCGCGUAGCAAAAUGGCUAAUGUCCGCGCCGUGCUGAAGCGGCAAGAAGAGUCGCUGCAGGUAGACGUGCUGCAGAACCAGGUGGCCGAGAAAGUGGAGCAAGCGGAGGAGGCGUUCCUGGCGACAGCUGAAGCAGAGAUGCCUUUCCUCAAGGGUCUCGAGGCCUUCCAUUUCAUAUCACUUGCCUACACGACACUGCGCGCUGUUAGCUGCCCUGGGCGCUUCAGGUCCUACCCCGGGAAGAGGGCAUCCAAGCCGUCGCCCAGUGCGAGGCAAGCCACUUUAUGCCCUUCGAUCUGGGAGGACCCAUCUUUAGAGCCACGAGAGGCUGCGGCCAAGAAGUGCGAAGUGGCAUUGGAGCAAGCCAGGCUUCUGCACGAGAAGGUUGUCAACGAGCACAGGAACAAGUUUUCCAAAGAGGCCAGAGACCGGCUAAAAGAGGAGCUUGCCAAGUUCCGGCUUCGAGGUGAGGAAACUGCGAAGAAGCUCGUCAGCUUCAAGAAAGAGACGCAGCAACGCAAAGCCCAAGCGAUGCUCCAAGAAGUAACGGAACGGGUAGCGGAGGCAGAGAGCCAGUGCCAGACUUUCGCCGAGGUGGUGAAAGUUCUGGGCACGGACAACCUCGAGCAGGUCACGGUCGACACCCUCAAAUAUGCAAUUGACCAGUCAGUGCCGGCGGAGAAGGACGCCGUCCGAGCCUACAAUGCGGCCCGAGAGAUCAUCACCACCAAGCAGAAGCAGGUCAAGGAUAGCUCCUUGCAGUCCGAGCUGACAAAACUGCAGACCAAGCUGGGCGCCGCCCAUCAGGAGAUGGUCAAGAGCAGGCAGCUCGCCAAAAGCGGGGAGGUCAUGAUCCGCAGCAGGAAGGUCAUGGAAGCGGAAGAAGCAAAGAUCAAGUCCAUUGAUGAGCUGGUGCUGGAGGCGCAGCUGUGCUGUGUCUGUGGGCCUUCCGUAGUGCUCCGCUGCCUCCCCUGCCUUUGCCAGAUGGAGCAGCUGGCUUCCCUGCUCGCGAGCUCCAAGAAAUCAAAUCCGCCACUGGAGCAGGAUCUCAAGAAGGUAGAUGACAACAUGAAGAAAGCGCAGGCUGUCGCGGGCGGGUCAGCAUCCCUGGAUGCACAGCUGAAGGGCGCCGUGCCGUCCCUGAAAGCCUCCCUCGGCAAGUUGAGGGAGAGGCUCAAAGAGGCCACCCAGAAGAUCGAGAAGGUGAAGCAGACCACCAAAGCCCAGCGGGAAAAGGCCAACGCAGAGGCCUAUGUGAAGGAGGCCGAGCAAAAGGUCGAUGCCGUAGAGGCAUCGCUCCAGAAGAUCGCGGAGGCAGAGCUUCCCUUUCUCAAGGGCAUCGAGGCCUGCCCGGCACUGCCCGGACUUUCGAAUGCCAGGCUGUGUCUUUCGCUGCAGGUUCUGCCCCUCAAGGAGUCUUCCACAGCCAUCGCCGAUUGCGAGUCGGCGGCAAAGCAGGUGCAGGAGGCCAGAGGGCAAAAUACAACUCGGGAGCCAUUAGUCCAGAAAUUGGGUGCAUAA